AUGAUCACGGACGUGCAGCUCGCCAUCUUCGCCAACAUGCUCGGCGUCUCGCUCUUCCUCCUCGUCGUCCUCUACCACUACGUGGCCGUCAACAACCCCAAGAAGCAGGAGUGAGGCGCCGCCGUGACGUCAUGACCUGACACCCCCCCCCCGCGCGCCGUGACGUCACACCACCCCCCCCCCCGCAGGGCCGUGUCGGGGGGGGGAGGCGGGACGCCGCGCUUCUUCCCGAUGGAUUUUUGAACGGCAACGCGCUAAUCCCGAACCAAACCGCCGCGUUAAAAAAGAAGUUAAAAAAACAAACAAACAAACAAA